AUGGGUACACAAGAUUCUUUUCUCGCUCUGCUUGUAUGCGUUGAGGAUGUCCUUAUAACAGGGGUGAAUGACUCCAAAAUCAUUCACGUGAAGCAAUUCUUGGAUCAGUCCUUUACUAUUAAAGACCUCGACAAUGCAAAAUAUUUCUUGGGGGUGGAAAUUACAAGUGAUGCUGGGAUGUUAAAUGUCAAACCAAAAGGGUUUUCUAUGUCCAAAAGUUUGAAACUUGAUGAUCAUACUGGUGAUCUAUUUCAUGAACUAGAGGUAUAUCGUCGUUUGGUGGGCAGGUUACUCUACCUGGGCCUUACACGCCUUGAUACAUCUUAUGUGGUUCAACACUUAAGCCAGUUUUUAUAUCUCCCACGUAAGCCUUACUGGGACGCACUUAUGGCUUUACUUCGGUACCUCAAAGGCUCUCCAGCCAAGAGGUUAUUUUUCCCUGUUAAUGUCCCUCUCAAUAUUUCUGCAUAUUGUGACGCAAAUUGGGCCACUUGCCCUAUGACGCGAAAAUCCCUCACGGGAUAUUAUAUUUUCUUAGGGACAUCUCUUAUCUCCUGGAAGUCAAAAAAACAAACAACAGUUAGUCGAUCCUCUGCUGAAGCUGAGUAUCGUAGUAUGGCGACUACUGUUUGUGAGCUGCAAUGGUUGUCUUAUUUGUUGCAGGAUUUAGAAGUUCAAGUUUCACAACCUAUUUCAAGAGCUGCAUGUGAUUGUAUUAAGACAGCAGCCGCUCGCUAUCCAAACAUAAACGCCAACGCAGCCUCUUCACUUCCUAAGAAAUGCGGGAUUGACUUCAAUAUUCCCAUCUCCAAAUCCACCGAUUGUCAGGCGUAA